UCCUCGCACCCCUCAGCCCCUACACUCCGUCCUUCCCAGUCGCUGGUUGUCACACAUUGUUUACUACGGCUUGAAAUGUGACUCACAACACGGGCUAUCUGCUGGAGUACCGCUCUGACAACUGAGGGAUUCUUUUGACGCGCACCGUGCGUCUUGGUAAUUUGGGGAAAGGCUGUGGAGACUACCCUUCUGCCAUGACAGUGGAUUUGUUUGCGCUUUUAUGCGUGCUGGUCAUCACAUCCUCUGCGAUGGAAGAGACCGUGAUGGACACUCGGGUGGCCACAGCUGAACUGGGCUGGACAGCAUAUCCAAAUUCAGGGUGGGAGGAAGUGAGUGGCUACGAUGAAAACCUCAACACAAUCAGGACCUACCAGGUGUGUAAUGUCUUCGAGCCUAGUCAAAAUAACUGGCUCCUCACCACCUUUAUUGAUCGUCGUGGAGCACAACGCAUCUAUGUGGAGAUUCGAUUCACCGUGCGUGACUGCAGCUCCAUCCCAAACGUCCCCGGCUCAUGCAAGGAGACUUUUAAUCUCUAUUACUAUGAAUCUGAUGCUGUCAUUGCCACAAAAGGCACCGCCUUCUGGAUGGAGGCCCCUUACCUCAAGGUAGACACCAUUGCUGCAGAUGAAAGCUUCUCGCAGGUGGACUUUGGCGGACGCCUGAUGAAGGUCAACACAGAAGUGCGGAGCUUUGGCCCAUUGUCUAAAAAUGGCUUCUACCUGGCGUUUCAGGACUAUGGCGCUUGCAUGUCUCUGCUGUCAGUCAGAGUGUUUUAUAAGAAGUGCCCAAGUGUGGUCCAGAACUUUGCAAUCUUUCCAGAGACCAUGACAGGGGCUGAGAGCACCUCUCUGGUAAUUGCAAGAGGAAUCUGCAUUCCCAACUCAGAGGAAGUAGAUGUCCCGAUAAAGCUGUACUGCAAUGGAGACGGCGAGUGGAUGGUUCCUAUCGGUAGCUGCACAUGCAAGGCAGGGUUUGAACCUGACAACGGCAACGUCUGUCGAGCAUGCCCGCCGGGUACCUUCAAGUCAACCCAGGGUCCAGGUCUGUGUCUACAAUGCCCUCCCAACAGCCGCUCCACAGCUGAAGCCGCCACCAUCUGUGUGUGCCGCAACGGUUAUUACCGUGGUGAUGCUGAUCAGCCGGAUGAACCCUGCACGAGUGUCCCGUCAAGCCCAAGGAAUGUGAUCUCCAUUGUGAACGAAACCUCUGUAAUCCUGGAGUGGCAUUCUCCCAGGGAGACGGGCGGCCGUGAAGACGUCGUCUACAACAUAGUGUGCAAGAAGUGCCGGGCCGACCGGCGCUCUUGCUCCCACUGCGACGACAAUGUGGACUUCGUCCCUCGACAGCUGGGUCUGACUGACACCAGGGUGUUCAUCAGCAACCUGCUGGCUCACACCCUCUACAGCUUUGAGAUACAGGCUGUGAAUGGAGUCAGCAAUAAGAGCCCGUACCCUGCCCAGCAUGUUUCCAUAGACAUCACCACCAACCAGGCUGCUCCCUCAAUAGUCCCCAUCAUGCACCAGAUCAGCUCCACCAUGAAUAGCUUCACACUGUCAUGGCCACAACCAGAGCAGCCCAAUGGCAUCAUCCUGGACUAUGAGCUGCGGUAUUACGAAAAGUGAAUAGGUUGACCUCUGCUCCGGCCCACUCUGCACA